AUGGUACGGGGAAGCCGGCGAGCCUCGGCUCCGGCGACGGCGGACCCGCGCCCCGACAGCACCGCUCUCCUGCCGCCAGGACUGCCACCUCGGGGCACCUCCGCGUGGCGGGGUCGAGGCGGCGGCUGUGCGGGCACCGCGGCGGAUGCGGUGGUGGUGCGCCGUUCGGCCGCCGCGCCGAUCUGCGGUGGCCACCUCCGCGACGCCACCGCCAUCUCCGAGUGCCUCCAUGCUUUUUGCAGGCAAUGCAUAUAUGACAAGUUGACGAAGGGGGAUACAAAAUGCCCAACGUGCGACGUUCUUUUGGGCCCUGCUCCAUUGGAGAAGCUCAGACCUGAUCAUAGCCUGCAACACAUCAGGUCGGUGAUAUUUCAUGGUAAGAGGCGCAAUGUCAAUGCUGUCACCGCCAAGAACAAGAACAGGAAGGAAAAGGUUUUCACUGAAUCAACCAUUUCUUCAGUGGUGGAUAUCAUUAUAGGAGGAAGAACUACACCACUGCAACAGAAGAUAGAAGUUGAGGUGAUCAAUGAAGCUGAUGAGGCUUCGAAUCUUGCUCCUGUUGGAAGAGAUGCUUUGUCACGAAUCAGGUGUCGAGACUUUUACUCAGCAUGCCAUCUUUCUGUGGAGACUGGAGCCUUGAUUGUGUGGCAACCACCACCUAUCCCAGAGGAGAUGGUUGCCCUUGCCCAUGAUCAGUUAGCCCCCAGGCAGGAUUCACAGACUUUUGGGCCUCCAGCGACCUCUGGUACUAAGUACCAGCGACAAGCACCAACUGUACAGAUGACCAAUACCUCGGUUAUGGCAGGCAUCUCAUUCCAUGCUAGGAUGACUGUCCAGGAUGAUGAUAACCUGAGUGGAGAUAUUCUCGCAUUGUUCAAUGAGAGUACUACAAGAAUCAUGGGGAGAUAUGUUGCUCACAUAAGCCAAUUAAAGGCAAAGAACUCCAAAUUAAUAGAGCAAUUGGAAAAUGAAAGAGCAGCUGCCCUUGAGAGGAUAAGAACGUUUGAAGAGAGGCACCAACAAGAAUUGGAAAAUGAAAGAGUUGCCGCUGCUGAGAGGACAAGAAUACUUGAAGAGAGGUACCGACAAGAAUUGGAAAAAGAAAGAGCAGCUGCUGCUGAGAGGAUUAGAAUCCUUGAAGAGAGGCUCCAAAGGGAGUCCAAAAUAGCCACGAGUGCUAGAAACCGAAGAGGUCUGGAAAAUGAAAGAGCAGACAACCAGGCUCUGAUGUCAGAUAUUGUAGAGAAAAGUGAUGAGCUUGCGACACUCAAAUAUCACUGUGACAUGUCUGAGUCAGACAAGAAAGAUUUAGAAAAUCAAGUUGAGAACCUGAAGAAGGAAUUAGAAUAUACUAAAAGAGAACAUGCAAGAUAUGCCCGUCAGGUCUUGGAUGCAGCAAAUGCAUACCAGACCUUAUCUGGUACAAAAAUGUGUGAUAAUGUCAUGGUGAAUGUAACAGUGAUGCUAGAGCAUGAAUUAUCUGAGUGA